GUUAAGAGUGUCUUCCUAGAUUCGAAGUGUUUGUCGUGCUCAUGAAGAAUGGCAGAGGCGAUGUCUAUUAACCCGGACCUUUUUGUCUGUCCGAUUUGUUUGGAUCUACUGAAGGAUCCAGUGACUCUUAACUGUGGACACAGUUACUGCAUGGGCUGCAUUAAGGACUGCUGGGAUCAGGAAGAUCAGAAGGGAGUUUACAGCUGCCCCCAGUGCAGACAUACAUUCACCCCAAGACCUGUUUUAAACAAAAGUAAUGUUUUUGCUGAGCUUGUGGAACAGUUCAGAAAGACCAGAAUUCAAGGUAGGCCUACUGCUUCUCCUCAAUGUUUUGCUGGACCUGGAGAUGUGGAGUGUGACAGCUGCACCGGGAGAAAACUAAAAGCCGUCAAGUCCUGCCUGGUGUGUUUGUUGUCGUACUGUGAGACUCAUCUCCAGCGCCAUGAUGAACUAUUCUCAGGGAAAAGACACAACGUGGUUGAUGUCACAGGUCAGCUACAGGACAAGAUCUGCGCUCAGCACCAGAGGCUGCUGGAGGUCUUUUGUCGCACGGAUCAGAGCUGCGUCUGUUUGCUAUGUUUGGUAGAUGCACACAAAGGCCACGACACGGUCUCAGCUGCAGCUGAGAGAACGGAGAAACAGAAGGAGAUGGAGGAGACCAAGAGGAAACUCCAGCAGAGACUCCAGGAGAGAGAGAAGGAGCUGCUGGAGCUGAGGAAGGCUGUGGAGACUCUCAAGAGCUCUGCACAGACAGCAGUGGAGGACAGUGAGAGCAUCUUCACUGAGAUGAUCCGCUCCAUUGAGAGAAGGCGCUCUGAGGUGACAGAGCUGAUCAGAGCUCAGGAGAAGGCUGAGGUGAGUUGGGCUGAAGGACUCCUGAAGAGACUGGAGCAGGAGAUUGCUGAGCUGAAGAGGAGAGAUGCUGAACUGAAGCAGCUUUCACACACAGACGAUCACAUCCAUUUCCUCAAGAAUUUUCAGUCAGUCAGCCCUCUGUCUCAGUCUAAAGACUCAUCCAGCACGUCUGUCAGACAAAGCUGGUCUUUUGAGGCUGUGAAGAAAUCUGUCUCUACACUGAAGGGGCAGCUGGAGGAUUUCUUCAAGCAGGAAGUCAUAAAGAUCUCUGCAGCAGUGUCUGAUGUCCAGGCUGUUUUGACUGAGCCAGUAACCAGAGAGGAGUUCUUAAAAUACUCCUGUCACUUCACACUGGAUCCAAACACAGCACACAGAAGACUCCAUCUGUCUGAGGGGAACAGGAGGGUGGAGAGGAGAGAUGAGCUCCAGUCAUAUCCUGAUCAUCCAGAGAGAUUUGAUGAGUGGGAUCAGGUGCUGUGUAGAGAGGGUGUGUCUGGACGCUGCUACUGGGAGGUGGAGUGGAGUGGGCAGUGGGUUUAUAUAGCCGUCUCAUAUAAAAGCAUCAGCAGGAAAGGAGCGAGUGUUGAGUGUGUGUUUGGACUUAAUGACCAGUCCUGGAGUCUGCGCUGCUCCAGCUCCAGCUCCAGCUGCUCUUUCAGGCACAAUAAUAAAGAGACUAAACUCCCUCUAGUGGCCAGCUCCAGAAUAGGAGUGUAUGUGGAUCACAGGGCAGGAACUCUGGCCUUCUACAAUGUCUCUGACAAAAUGACCCUCCUGCACAGAGUCCAAACCACAUUCACUCACACGCUCUACCCUGGGUUUUAUAUAGGCCUUCGAUCAUCAGUGAAGCUCUUAUAACACACACCAUUUGGAGCAGGACAGAAAUGUAAAGACCUCAGAUACAGAUAGAUGCUGUUAUCAUACAUACACACACACACACACACACACACACACACACACACACACAUACGCACACACACACACACACACACACACACACACACACACACACACACACACACACACACACACUCACACUCACAUAUCUCAUCAACUGAGACUCUCUGUUCUUGGGGGAAACAAAAGACCAAAUCCACUCCCUCAUCUCUGGACCCCAGCAGAUAUUACAGCAUCUGCACCUCUGCUGGAACACACAUCAGCACACCACACAUACACUAUUGGAUGGGAAAUGUGUUGAUGAGCCCAGUGUUUCACCCCCUCUGAUCCUCUCCCACAAUCCAUUUCCUCUCCCUCCUGCUCCCCCUAACCCUCCUUCCCCUCCCCCAGCUGUUCAGGCCUUUAGGCCCUCUGGGAUUGGACACGUGUCUGAUGGAAGGUUGAAAGUGAAGUUCAUUGAGUAGAAGUAAAGGUUGUAGUCAAGAGAUUAAAAGUAUAUCUGAUGUUAGAUAAGCUGACUCAAUCUCUGUCUAAAUGUAUCAGAUAUUAUGGUGGAUGU